ACAUUCCAAAGUGACAUCCAUCCCGCUCUAUAUUUUAUUCUGUUGACCGUACUUUCUCAGCACCAUUGUCCCAUUCUCUUUCGCUCUCACACUUGCACUCUCUAUUUUCCAUCACAACCGUUCCCAGUCCUCUGCUGCCAGAAUUAUCUCACUUUUCUCAAAGCUUGAACCCAAAUUCCCCAGUCCUCACAACACACGUCAACAUGCCAGGCAUCGCUGUGCACUUCGGUGGCGGCAACAUCGGUCGUGGUUUCAUCGCCGAGUUGCUACAUGAAUCCGGCUUCCAGGUUGUCUUCGUCGAUGUCGUAGACGACCUCAUCGACCGCAUCAAUGCUGCAAAAUCAUACAAGAUCACAGAAGUCGGUCCUGACGGAGAGAAGAGCAAGACAAUCACCAAUUACAAGGCUCUCAAUUCGAAGUACCAGAUGGAAGAGGUGGUCAAAACUAUCGCUGACGCUGAUGUCGUCACCUGCGCUGUCGGUCCAAACGUCCUUAAGUUCAUCGCCAAACCCAUUGCUGAGGGUAUCAUGGCACGCACCAAGUCCAAGCCGCUCGCUGUCAUUGCGUGUGAAAACAUGAUCAAUGCCACCGACGCACUGAGAGAGCAAAUCAUCGACCCAAAGAACAUGAAGCCCGACUUCCUUCCCCAGCUCCCCUCAAAGGCCGAGUUCGGCAAUUCUGCUAUUGACAGAAUUGUCCCAACUCAACCAGCAGAUGCCAACUUGGACGUUGUCAUCGAGAGCUUCUUCGAAUGGUGUGUCGAGACCACUGGCUUCAAGUCAGGUCAUCCUGAAAUCAAGGGUAUUCACUGGGUUGAUGACCUCGAACCAUACAUUGAGCGCAAGCUCUUCACUGUCAACACCAGCCAUGCCACCGCAGCUUACUUCGGCUACUACAAGGGCAAGAAGACUAUCCACGAGGCUAUGGCUGAUCCCGAGAUCAAGCACGAGGUCCACGAGGCUCUCGAGGAGACGGCUCACUUGAUCAGCGGCAAGCACGGCAUCACCCCCGAAGAACAACAAGAAUACGUCGACACCAUCAUCUCCCGUAUCUCCAACCCUCACCUUGAGGAUGUUCCAGUUCGCGUUGGUCGUGCACCUCUCCGCAAGCUCGGUCGCAAGGAACGAUUCAUUGGACCUGCUUCUCAGCUCGCCGAGCGUGGCUACGACGUUACCGCAUUGCUCCGCGGUGUUGAGAUGGCGCUUCGGUUCCAGAACGUUGAGGGUGAUGAGGAGAGCGCAGAGUUGGCAAAGAUCAUGAGCACUAUGUCACCAGAGGAAGCCACCACCAAGCUCACUGGCCUUGAGAAGGAUCACCCCCUCUACGCCAAGGUCUUGGAAAAGGUCACGCUCGUUCAGAAUGAGAUGAAGAAAUGAUGGCUUGGUGUGACCGCCUGCUUGCAUAUGACUCAUGAGAACAUGGAUUGAUCACUUUCGGUACUUGAUGAUGAAAGGUGUUGACGGUGGAAAAAGUAUUCAGGAGUAUCUUGCCUCAUUUUCGCAGUGCCCGAAUACUCCAUUACCAGGUAGACUUGAUACAGGAAGCAUUCUUGAAAUUCAAUACGAGAUCCGAUGAAUCAGUCAUAAAA